AUGGCCGCAGUGCACCAGUUCACGCUUCGCCCUGUCGACAUGCGCGACACUACCUCUCCUACUCGCCAUCCUGCUCACUACGGCCCGCCUCCCAGCCCGUCGCCGUCGUCAUCCUCGUCGGGCUCAUCCUACGGCGGCGCUCCCUCUGGUCGUACCAAUGGACAUAACGUCCACGUUCCGGAUGUAAAGCUGCCACAGGGUCAGCAUGGGACACCCAUGAACGCAGCGCCUAGAGCAUACCCUCCGCCGCCGACAGGUCACGAUCUCAUGCGGCUGUUCCCGCCGCCGCCGCCGAGCCAGUUCUCUGAGCUCAAGGGUGGACCAACCAGCUAUUAUUUCCACCGCCAGGAGCGCGCUUUCUUUGCUCAGGCUGGUCGCGAACAAAUUCGCAUCCGCCUUGAUGCCGAAUUCGCGCCGCGUCCGUCGCCGUCGACGGCCAACAUGCCUGCGCCGGCAAGCAUGCCCUCGCGCAACUGGGCGCCUCCACAAGCGCCUAUCCACCCCUACCCAUCCCAUAUGCCGGCAGCUCCUGUUGGCCCGCCCACAUCCGGACACGCCCAGGAUGUCGACGACGACGAGUUAUGGAGGCGUCCGACGCCAUACAAUGAGCGCCGUCGUGCAGGGAAACACACCAAGCGCGCCAUCAAGCCAUAG